AUGCUCAAAAUGGAUGCUCAUGGAGACCCUCUGGUGCACAUUAACGACUUCCAGCUUCAUGACUUCAUCGACAACACCAAUUUCGAUCAAUUUAUCAAUGUGCUCCGUGGGGAGAAUGAACACUCAUUCUGUAACUUUGAUUCUGACGUUAUCAAUGGCUGCUUAGCUGAUAACCAAUUUCUUCCAUUACCUGAGAACCCAUUUGAGCCUCAUGCUGCUGUAAAUGUUUAUGAUCCCAGCUCUACGCUUAGUUCCUUCUCAUGUUUUGAUGGAGAAGUGACGGGAGGAAGAGGAGAAGAAGAGAAUGAUUCUUCUGCAACAACAAUCACCACCACUGAAACUACCAGUGCUAAUGCCAAACAGAAGCCCAAAACUGAUCGGUCCAAGACUCUUAUCUCUGAAAGGAGGAGGAGGGGCAGAAUGAAGGAGAAGCUUUACGCUUUGCGUUCUUUGGUCCCCAACAUAACUAAGAUGGAUAAGGCCUCCAUCGUGGGCGAUGCUGUAGCAUAUGUGCAGGAGCUGCAAGAGAAAGCUAAGAAGCUGAAGGGUGAGGUUAAAGGGCUUGAAGCAUCCAUGCUAGCGUCAGAAAAUGAUCAGAGAUCAGUUAAAAUCCCCAUGAAGGUUCAAAACAACCACAUCAACUAUCCAAUCUGCAAGAAGAUCAUGCAGAUGGACAUAUUUCCAGUGGAGGAAAGAGGGUUUUAUGUGAAAUUGAUGUGCAGUAAAGGAGAAGGAGUGGCUACCUCCCUGUACAGGGCUCUCGAGUCCCUAGCAGGCUUCAAUGUUCAGAAUUCAAACUUGGCCACAGUUUCUGAGAGAUUUCUACUAACAUUUACAUUAGAUGUGAAAGGUUGCGAGCCAGAAAUUAACCAGCAAAAUCUGAAGCUGUGGGUAGCAAGCGCUCUUCUGAACCAAGGCUUCGAAUUUAUUACAACUUUCCACGCUUGAUUCUGUUCUCCCUCCAGUUACAUUGACUCUUUCAUGGGCUUCUCUCUUCAAAUCAUGACAAGUGAACAAUAUUCAUUACGCAGCAUCGCAUAACAUUCAAAAUAAUAUUUUCUAUGUGUGAUGUCCUCAGCUUAUUUAAAAAAAAAAAAAACAUGAACACCUUAAUAAUUUAACCGUGCUGUCCUUAAAAAGAACGAUUUGGAGUUGAUGACCAGGUGAAGAAACAUUGUUUGUUAUCUCUUUAUCUCACAGAGUAGCAGAUGUCUAGAAGGCAUUUUCCGUGUGUGGUCCUAAGAAUCUAUCUUUAAAGAAAGGAAAAAUGUGGGGACUAUACUUGGUGGAUAACAUAGUAAUUUUGUUAUACUAAAAAAAAAGCUCCUCACUUUUGCAAGGAGAGCUUUCCAUGCCCAUUGAUUUUCCUAUCUUCAUUUUGUGCCAAACGAGUCUAAUAUGUCGUUAUUAUUACUUUCGUUAUGUAAUAAAUUUGGUAAGAUCUGUACCAUUUUUCUUGAUUUUAUAAUUCAGUAUCAAAACAUUUCCUAUCCUUUUCCAAUUCAUGGGCAUGAGAUGAAGAUCAAGAGAAAAUACAGCUCUUUCUUUCCUUCUUUCUAAUACAAGGUCAAGAUGUUAAGGGAAGAGGUUAAGAGACUUGGUCAUGAUUAACAUAAGAUCAAUCACAACAGAUUUCUAAUUAACCAAGAAAAAAUAAAUCAAUUAUCUCGAAUUCAACAUCAUUAUCAUAAAUGUGAUGAGUUUGCCGCUCUACAGGCAUUGGCUUCUUUGAAGACAUAUUGAGUUGAAAUAGUCCCAUGGUGUCAUAGGAGCUCCCUUAUUAUUAUUUUUUUAAAGAAAAAAGUAGCUCUUUCCUGAACCCGAAAUGGUUAAUUAAUUAAUGUGAGUUUUGUAGACCGAGAGCUCCUGACCUUAAAUUAAAUAAUAAAUAUUGAGAGGAAGGACGGUGAAGAUCGUGAUCAUUCAUCCAAACCAUCAUGUUUUUUUAAUAAAGGUUGUUAGGAACGAUUCCUUUUUUUUUUUACCAAUGUGGCAAUUCAAAUGCUGAUAUUCUAGACCUUUUCUUCUCCCUUUUGGCAAAUUGUAAAUUUUGUAAUGAAUAACAUUCAUAUUCAAUGAUUUAGUCUAUAUGCAUUAUUUUGAAUCAAACGCACAUUAAUUAAUUAUGUAUUUUCUCUCCUUAAUUAUUAUUAUACGUGCUCUAUGCAAGACUGAAUGGUGAUAAGGGAAGAGCAAAAGUCUAAUGAGCCACUGUUGAUAUUGAUGUAACUGCAAUAAUGGUGUGUUUUCGUUGCAUGUUUUUCUCAAUCAUGUGUUUCUAUUUGUCAUGAUGAGUAGUAACCUCCAUGAGCAGUUUCGCACACUACUUUGUUUCAUGAAUCGGACUUGUUCAGCUUCCAAUUUGACCUGCUUUAUUGAUGAUACAUGAGGACACUGCUGAUAUUGAAGUAAUUGCAUCCUUUGUUGAUGUGCUUUCAUUUUUGUUGUCAGUGAACUCCAUUGUUAGCAGUUGAAAGAAGUUUUGGACUUCCGCCAUUUAUUAUUAUUAUUAUUUUUAUUAUUAUUUUAUCGAAGCGGCUUUCAUCCACUUAUUGAGGGAAAAAUUUGAUGUCGCAACGUGAUUUCAGUGAUUUUUCCUCUUGGACUUCAAGAUUUAUUGUGAUCAAGAAGACUAGAUGAAAUGGAAGCAUGAGUUAGUGCAAGAUGAAAUGAAAGCAUGCGCUGUCGCACUUCCGCUCACGUCAUGUCCAUUAAACCGAAAACGUCCCAAAGAUAACUAUAAUCAAUAAAAGCUAGUGUAACAUUUGUAACCCUCCUUUUACUCGUCUGUUCCGUUCAGAGUCCUAGCAAUAUCAAUAAGACUACUAGCUUUUGCUAUGGCAUUGCUCAAUUUUGAAUAAAAAUUAAAAUAUCUCUUUUCAUUUAGUUUCUGUACCACUAGUUUUUACAAAACUUUAAAAUUUCAUUAUUUUUUAGUUUUAAAUCUGUGAGUUGUGUCUUAGAUCAUGAACCAUACGACGCUGUUUGCCAAUCUCCUCCUCUAAGGUUUUGUACUUCUAUUAUGAAUACCCUACAUUGAAGCUAUAAGUAAAUUGAUGUAUUCUGAUUAUUUUUA